AUGGGCGGCUCCUGGAACCGCAGCGACGCCCCCGAGGGCGCGCGGGAGUCGCCGUGGGCUGCGCUGCCGCCGUGCGACGAGCGCCGCUGCUCGCCCUUUCCCCUGGGGGCGCUGGUGCCGGUGACCGCCGUGUGCCUGGGCCUGUUCGCUGUCGGGGUGACCGGCAACGUGGUGACCGUGCUGCUGAUCGGACGCUACCGGGACAUGCGGACCACCACGAACUUGUAUCUGGGCAGCAUGGCCGUGUCCGACCUGCUCAUCCUGCUCGGGCUCCCCUUCGACCUGUACCGCCUGUGGCGCUCGCGGCCCUGGGUGUUCGGGCCGCUGCUCUGUCGCCUGUCGCUCUACGUGGGCGAGGGCUGCACCUACGCCACGCUGCUGCACAUGACGGCGCUCAGCGUCGAGCGCUACUUGGCCAUCUGUCGCCCGCUCCGUGCCCGCGUGCUGGUCACCCGGCGCCGCGUCCGCGCGCUCAUCGCGGUGCUCUGGGUCGUGGCGCUGCUCUCCGCCGGGCCCUUCUUCUUCCUUGUGGGCGUCGAGCAGGACCCCGGCAUCUACGUGCUCUCGGACCUUAAUGGCACCGCGCGGGCCACGCCCUCGGCCCCCGCCUCGCCGCCGCCCCUCUGGCCCUCGGGGGCGCCCUCGCUGUCCUCCUCGCUGUCCCCCUCGCUGUCCCCGCCGUCGGGGCCUGAGGCCGCGGCGGCCGCGGCGCUGUUCAGCCGCGAGUGCCGGCCGAGCAGCGCGCAGCUGGGUGCGCUGCGCGUCAUGCUGUGGGUCACCACCGCCUACUUCUUCCUGCCCUUCCUGUGCCUCAGCGUCCUCUACGGGCUCAUCGGGCGCGAGCUGCGGAGGAGCCGCGGGCGGCUGCGAGGCCCGGCCGUCUCGGGGCGGGAGAGGGGCCACCGGCAGGCCGUCCGCGUCCUGCUGGUGGUGGUUCUGGCAUUCAUAGUGUGCUGGUUGCCUUUCCACGUUGGCAGGAUUAUUUACAUAAACACGGAAGAUUCCCGAAUGAUGCACGUCUCUCAAUACUUUAACAUCGUUGCCCUGCAACUGUUCUACCUGAGCGCAUCCAUCAAUCCCAUCCUCUACAACCUCAUUUCGAAGAAGUAUAGAGCAGCGGCCUGGAAACUGCUGCUCGCGAGACAGUCCAGGCCGAGAGGUUUGUGCGGCAGCAGGGACACUGCCGGGGACGCUGCAGGGGACGCUGUGGGGGACACAGGGGGAGACACGGCAGUCUGCACCGAGACCAGCGCUAACGUAAAGACGACGGAGUAA